AUGACUGCCAAGCGAAAAGCACAUCCCGGGCUUCACCAUCAUCAGAGUGUUAGCUAUGACACCACCAAAAGGCUCAGCUUUGGCCAAGGGUCGUCGGAAAAGUACCAUCAGCAUGCUCAGGAUCUAGCCAGAAAUGGUAAAUAUCAAGAAGCCAUCGAUGUGCUCAAAGAAGCUCUGCUCCAAAAAGAUGCUGUCGAGGCCAAUUAUGUGAAGAUCAUGGACAGCCGGUCUGCAAUACACUGCAAGAUGGGCCGGUACAAGGAAGCUGUCAGCGAUGCAAAAUGCAUAAUUUCUGCUGAAGGGCAAAAUGAAAAGGGAUACUUGCGUGCUGGUAAAGCUCUCCUCCUAGAUGGCCGGCCAGAGGAUGCUCUUGAGGUCUAUAGAUAUGGGUUGAAUGCUCUGGCCAAAAACAAUCCACAACGUGAAUGCUAUGAUGCGUAUUUCAAAGACCUGGCGCGCCUAUAUCAAAAGCCAGCCUAG